AUGUUGCGAGGUAUGCUGCCGUCGUCGUCCAAAGACUUGCCAUCCUCAGCAGAGAAACAACCUGAAAAUCAUGGAGAAGAAAUGAAAUCCACAGCCAAUGGAUCAAAGGAUGUUGCAGUGGGGUUGAGAGAGGCGCUGUCUAUGUGCAAAAUAUCAAACAGCCGAAGACUUCCUUCGCUUUCUGGAUCUAAGCAGCCAGCCCGAGAUGAAGAAACCUUUGAUCUGUGGGUGGAAAUUGUCCAUGGGCAAUUAGAAGAGGAAAGCGAUGAAGGAGAGAAGAGAAAGAGACUAAGAGAAGCACUGCGUGCCCCAGCUGCAAAUAUGAUCACUGACUAUAGGAGAGACAACCCACAAGCCACAGCAGCUGAUUACCUAACUGCUUUAGAACUUGCAUUUGGUGACACACAAUCAGCAGAGGAGUUGGGAAUCAAGUUUCAUCAGCUACAUCAGAAGAAAGAAGAAAACCCCUCAGACUUUCUGACACGCCUUCAGGGUCUUCUUCGGAAGCUGAUUCGAAAAGGGGGUGCACUACCGGAUUCAGCAAACUCACUGCUGUUGUCUCAGUUCAUUCGUGGAACACUAUACAACGACAUGAUGCUUAUCAACCUCAGACUGAAGGAUAAAGUGAAAACACCACCUACGUAUCUAUCUCUUCUUCAGAUGGUGAGGAGAGAAGAGGCCGAACAAGCAGAAAAGAUCAGCCAUAGAGAGCCCGAGUCUGUUUCCAACCCAUCUGCAGUCUCCAUCCCACAACAACAACCUAAAACACAGGCCAAAAGUUGUAAGUUUGACCAGAGAGGUGAUAAAGGCAGAGCAAAUCAGCGUCCAAACUUUUGUUUCAAGUGCGGUUUGGAAGGCCACUACCGUCCCAAAUGUGCCAAUCCAUCCGACCCAGAUAAAGUCAGCGAAAGGUUUAUCCAAUUCUAUCUUCAGGGAAACGGGAAAGGGCAUUCCAAAGAGGCCGAUGCGAUGCCCCAACAGAACUAA